ACAGGCUGUGACCUCAUUAUGACUAAAAAGGCAGCAGAGCAGAACUCAAGUCCAAACACUUCGGCACGGAACCUCACACACACAUACUCACAUUCUUUCACACACACAAACUCUCUCCCCCACACACUGCAUGGUAUUUGGACUUGGACUAGCUGUUGCAGUUAGAGGAACACUGAGGAGACAGAAGCAGAAUCCAAGAUCAGAGUUCCAGCCUGACAGACAGACAGAUCGAGCAGCAGCCGGUGUGUGAUUGGUGAAGAUGUCUGAUAAUGGGGACAUUGAGGACAAGCCCCCAGCCCCACCCAUGAGGAACACCAGCACUCUGAUUGGCUCCUGCAUCAAAGAUCCCGCCCCCCAUGGCUCCAAGCCCCUCCCCCCCAACCCAGAGGACAGGAAGAAGAAAGAUCGUUCCAUCAGGUCCAUCCUGACAGGAGGAGGAGACAAGACCAACAAGAAGAAGGAGCGUCCGGAGAUCUCUCUGCCUUCUGAUUUUGAACACACCAUCCACGUGGGCUUCGAUGCAGUCACUGGAGAGUUCACAGGCAUGCCGGAGCAAUGGGCUCGGUUGCUCCAGACCUCUAACAUCACUAAGCUGGAACAGAAGAAGAAUCCUCAGGCUGUCCUUGACGUUCUCAAAUUCUACGACUCCAAGGAGACCAACAACAGCCAGAAAUACAUGAGCUUUACAGACAAGAGUUCAGACAACUACAGCUGUUCCAACACUGCCAGCUCCAAGGCUGUGUCAGAGACGCCCGCCAUAGCAACCGUAUCGGAAGACGAGGAUGAAGAUGAGGCCACGCCCCCUCCUGUUGUCGCUCCCCGACCAGAACACACCAAAUCAAUAUACACUCGUUCUGUGAUAGAUCCCCUCCCAUCCCCUCCCACCAGAGACGUUGCCACAUCGCCUAUCUCCCCCCCACCUCCGGAGGGCGCCACCUCUGCCAUCACGCCCCCCACUAGCCCCACCCCUAGUCCUGCCCCUGGCCCCUCUGUGCCACGCCCCGCAGACAAAACACGCAAGAAGAAGAUGUCUGAUGAAGAGAUACUGGAGAAACUACGGAGUAUAGUCAGUGUGGGAGACCCCAAGAAGAAAUACACGCGCUUCGAGAAGAUUGGACAGGGUGCGUCAGGUACAGUAUAUACAGCCAUAGACAUCGCUACAGGCCAGGAGGUGGCCAUUAAACAGAUGAACCUGCAGCAGCAGCCCAAGAAGGAGCUCAUCAUCAACGAGAUACUGGUCAUGAGGGAAAACAAGAACCCCAACAUUGUUAACUACCUGGACAGUUACCUGGUGGGAGAGGAGCUGUGGGUGGUGAUGGAGUAUCUGGCUGGAGGUUCUCUGACUGACGUCGUCACUGAAACCUGUAUGGACGAGGCUCAGAUCGCUGCUGUGUGUCGGGAGUGUCUGCAGGCCUUGGAGUUCCUCCAUUCUAACCAGGUGAUCCAUCGCGAUAUCAAGAGUGACAACAUCCUUCUGGGAAUGGACGGAUCAGUGAAACUCACUGACUUUGGGUUCUGUGCCCAGAUCACUCCAGAGCAGAGUAAGAGGAGCACCAUGGUGGGGACUCCCUAUUGGAUGGCUCCAGAGGUGGUGACCAGGAAGGCUUACGGUCCUAAAGUUGACAUCUGGUCUCUAGGCAUCAUGGCUAUAGAGAUGGUGGAGGGAGAACCCCCUUACCUCAAUGAGAACCCACUAAGGGCAUUGUAUCUGAUUGCGACCAACGGGACUCCAGAGCUUCAGAACCCAGAGAAACUGUCCUCAGUCUUCAGAGACUUCCUCACUUGCUGCCUGGAGAUGGAUGUGGAGAAGAGAGGGAGCGCUAAAGACCUACUACAGCACCAGUUCCUGAAGGUGGCCAAGCCUUUAUCCAGUCUGACUCCUCUCAUCCUGGCAGCCAAAGAAGCAGCCAAGGCUAACCGCUAACCUGCUAGAUGCUAGCACCACAGAUCACUCCUUUUCCUCUCUCCUCUCUCUCUCUCUCUCUCUCUCUCUCUCUCUCUCUCUCUCUCUCUCUC